AUGAAUAGAAUCAAUAAGAACGUGAUUUUGGCGCUUUUAACUUUGACAAGUUCUGCAUUUCUGUUGUUUCAGUUGUACUACUACAAGCACUAUUUAUCAGCAAAGAAUGGAGCUGGUUUAUCAAAAUCCAAAGGAAGCCGAAUUGGAUUUGAUAGCAUACAGUGGCGUGCAGUUAAAAAGUUUAUUAUGCUAACAUCGAGCCAAAAUGUACCCGUGUUCCUUAUUGAUCCUUUGAUUCUGGAAUUGAUUAAUAAAAACUUGGAACAAUUAAAAAAUACUUCUCAUGGCUCCACUUCAGAAUGCAACUUUUUCUGUGUUCCAAGAGACUUUACUGCCUUUGCUCUACAGUAUCACCUGUGGAAGAAUGAGGAAGGCUGGUUUCGGAUAGCUGAAAACAUGGGAUUUCAGUGCCUGAAGAUUGAGAGCAAAGAUCCCCGGCUGGAUGGGAUAGACUCACUUUCUGGAACUGAAAUCCCCCUGCACUACAUCUGUAAACUGGCCACACAUGCCAUUCACGUGGUGGUCUUUCACGAGAGGAGUGGCAACUACCUCUGGCAUGGCCAUCUGCGCCUCAAAGGUCACAUGGACAAGAAGUUUGUUCCUUUUCGAAAGUUACAGUUUGGUCGUUAUCCAGGAGCUUUCGACAGGCCAGAAUUACAACAGGUUACUGUUGAUGGACUAGAAGUUCUCAUUCCAAAAGACCCAAUGCACUUUCUAGAAGAAAUACCACACUCUAGGUUUAUUGAGUGUAGGUAUAAAGAAGCUCGGGCAUUCUUUCAGCAGUACCUUGAUGAUAGCACUGUGGAAGCUGUGGCCUUUCGGAAGAGUGCAAAGGAAUUGUUGCAACUUGCAGCCAAAACAUUAAAGCAAUUGGGAGUGCGGUUCUGGCUGAGCAGUGGGACUUGUCUAGGAUGGUAUCGGCAGUGCAAUAUUAUUCCUUAUAGUAAAGAUGUUGACCUAGGAAUUUUUAUACAAGAUUAUCGAUCUAAUAUUAUUUCAGCAUUUCAGGAUGCAGGACUUCCACUCAAACACAAAUUCGGGAAGGUAGAAGACAGCUUGGAACUAUCUUUCCAGGGAAAAGAUGAUGUAAAACUUGACAUUUUUUUCUUCUAUGAAGAGACUGACCAUAUGUGGAAUGGAGGCACUCAGGCCAAAACAGGAAAAAAAUUUAAAUACCUGUUUCCCAGGUUUACACUGUGCUGGACUGAGUUUGUAGACAUGAAGGUCCACGUGCCCUGCGAAACCGUCGAGUACAUUGAAGCCAACUAUGGGAAGACCUGGCAGAUUCCCGUGAAGACGUGGGACUGGAAGCGCUCACCCCCCAACGUGCAGCCCAACGGCGUCUGGCCAGUCUCCGAGUGGGAUGAGGUUAUCCAGUUAUACUGA